UAUCAGCUUGCAUAAGCCAGCAAGCAGGCUGUGUUUUUUAUUGGCAAGCUGACCAAUCACAGGAGGAGGACCCCUCAAGAACUCAUCACCAAGUCACCAAUUUCAUUUCCCCAUACAGAGGAGUAGCCUGUUUAAUUAUUUAAUUCUCCCAUUUGGGUGUGGGCUGUAGAUAGAUUCCGCCCCGGCUGCUACUUGUCCGAGCACAAGCCAAGAACUGCUCCCGAGAAAGGAUCGCUAUUGUUUCCUCUCGAUUUGGUCUGCUUCUGUCUCUCAGCGAGCCUCAGCUGGAUCUCUCUUUGGGGGAAGGAGGAUUUAUUUGGUGCGAGUUGUUGCUUGCUCCAUUUGAGCUCGAAUCUGCCUCGGGAGCUGCGAAAGCAGCGGCCUUUCGAGCUCCCAGGAGGUGAGGGAGGAGGAGGCGGCCUUGGAGCGGUCGGGAGGGCCGUGGUGGUGAUGCUGCUGCUCUGAUUCGCUUCGUGCCUCCAUCGAUGGAGUCCAGUGGGGAGGAGCUGCUGAAGAAGAUCCGGAAGCUGGAGGUGGGCCAGGCGCAGCUCAAGCAGGAGAUGUCCAAGUUCGCGCUGCCGCCCACCGGCAGCGGAGCAGAGCGGCGGCGCUCGCAGUCGGUCUCGCCCUCCCGCGGCGCGCAGCCGCAUCCGGGGCCGGCGCCGGCGCCGGGGCCGCCUCCUUCGAGGCGGGCCUCUGGGGGGUUUGAUGGAGGCCCGCGGGCGUGGGGCCGUGGCUCCGCGUCCUUCUCGCACUCGUCGCCGCUGCAGCGGGAAGGCCGUGCCGCGGCCGAAGGCGGCGCCACGGGCGCGGGGCUGGCGGAGAGGCAGUACCGCAGGGUGCUCCAGUCGCUGGGGCAGUCCGUCCACAUUCUUGACCUCGAUGGAAGGAUCAUAUACUGGAACCGAUCUGCAGAGAAUCUCUAUGGUUACCCUGCUUCAGAAGUGCUUGGUCAGGAUGCCCUCAUGCUGCUGGUUGAUUCCCGUGACCUCAGUGUGGUAAAUGAUAUGUUCCGCCGUAUUUCCUUGGGUGAGAGUUGGACUGGUAAAUUCCCAGUUAAGAACAAGGCAGGUGAUAGAAUUUUAGCUGUUGGCGCCAACACUCCUUUUUAUGACGAGGAUGGCAGUUUGGUGGGCAUUAUUUGCGUUUCAAGUGAUUCACGUGCCUUGGAGGAGAUACUCAGUGGACCUUCAACCUCUGCAAGGACCUGUUGUGAUGGAAGUUGCAGUAACAACAGCCGGAAACCUAGUUUGUUGAACAAAAGUCCAUUUGACUCACAGCUUCCCCUACAGUCUACUAUAGCCUCCAAGAUAACAAAUUUGGCUACCAAGGUUUCAAAUAAAGUUCGGUCUCGGGUCAAGAUGGAUGAGAAUGGCAUAGUACGGGAAGGUGGUAGUGGUGAGAGCCAGUGCUCUGAUCGUGAUAACAAGGAAGAGCCAACAUCUAGUGGACCAGGUACACCAAGAGGAGAUGCACCAUGUGGUGCAUUCUCUACUGAAGAGAACUCCCCUGGGAAAUCAAACAAAAUGAAUAGCGAUGAAUCAGAUGGGAAAAUAGGUCUUCACAAGAUCUUGAGUUCAAAAGCAGAGGCAUUGUUGAACAAGAAAGGGAUAACAUGGCCUUGGAAAGGGCGGGAGAAUGAUGGACCUGAUGGAAAGAAUGAAGUAAUCUGGCCAUCUUUGCAUGGUGAGCAAGAGAAUGACCAGAGUAAUCAGAAAAAUUCUGACAGGCAAGGUGCUGAAUUCAACCAACCUAAUAAAAAUGAAGCAUCAGGUUCCUGGUCCUCCUUCAACAACAACAGCUCAAGUAGUGCAAGCAGCACUGGAAGUACUAAUAGCAGCGCUCUUUACAAAGUAGACCAUGAAGCAGACUGUCUGGAUUAUGAAAUCCUAUGGGAGGAUCUUGUCAUUGGAGAACAAGUAGGUCAAGGCUCUUGUGGGACAGUAUAUCAUGCUUUGUGGUAUGGCUCGGAUGUUGGUGUGAAAGUUUUCUCCAGUCAGGAAUAUUCGGAUGAAGUGAUUCAGUCCUUUCGACAAGAGGUAUCCCUUAUGAAGAAGCUACGUCAUCCUAAUAUACUGCUCUUCAUGGGUGCGGUUACAUCUCCACACCGCCUCUGUAUUGUAACAGAGUACCUCCCACGAGGAAGUUUAUUUCGCUUACUUCAAAGAAACACGACCAAGUUGGAUUGGAGACGACGUGUUCACAUGGCUUUAGAUGUUGCAAGGGGCAUGAAUUAUCUUCACCACUAUAGCCCACCUAUCAUUCAUCGAGAUUUAAAAUCGUCAAAUCUGUUGGUUGAUAAGAACUGGACUGUCAAGGUUGCAGAUUUUGGUCUUUCACGUCUCAAGCGUGAAACGUAUCUGACAACAAAAACAGGAAAAGGAACACCGCAAUGGAUGGCUCCGGAGGUAUUGCGUAAUGAACCUUCAGACGAGAAGUCUGAUGUGUAUAGUUAUGGGGUGAUCUUAUGGGAACUUGUUACUCAGAAGAUACCCUGGGAAAAUCUCAAUUCGAUGCAGGUCAUUGGUGCAGUAGGUUUCAUGAACCAAAGAUUGGAGAUUCCUACCGACACAGAUCCUUUCUGGACAUCACUCAUCCUGAGUUGUUGGGAAACUGAUCCACAAAGCCGCCCAUCGUUCCAAGAGCUUCUAGAGAAGCUCCGGGAACUGCAAAGGAAGUACAACGUCCAGACACAGAUGCAGCGAAACGCAACAGCUGCUGCGAAGAACAGCACCAUCAUCGAGGAAUGAAGGUUCGGGCUUUUGCUAAGGCGAGUGAGCGUGUGAGUGAGGGAACGUCGGUGCAGCGACGUGUUAACUGAAGAACGAUCCGUACCUAAGAAGGAUCUGUACCUGGCACAAGCCUAAUACUGGAACAGCUAAUGCUGAAGAUUGCAGAGGGAGGUGCUCUCUGAAUUCCGGACACAGGCCUGAACUUCCUCGAACUGCAGCAAAGAUUAGAGUAGUAAGUUGAGGCUCGCACUUUUGGGUUCACUGCUGCAUGGUGGUGCGCCACUAACAUCCUAUCAUUUUGGUCCAGUGAUCUUGGUUGAAUUUGUAACUUGAAGAUGCUGCUGCUGCUGCUGCUGUGUAGAUUGUUCUAGAGAUGAUCAAGUUGGGUCACCAGGAACCUUGUAAGGUUCAUACUUGUUUAGUUGUUUUUCUCCUGCCUCCUCAUAAGUCCAUAACUAGAGAAAUCAACCGUUGUUGCUCACAGUGCUGUUAAGCCAUCAAUUGAGUGGUGUUAUUUUUUGGUUGUUUUAGUACUGACAAUACAAGGAUCGUCUAUUUAUGAGUUGCUUUUUUUUUCCAUUUUAA